GACCAUCCCUCUAAAGAGAGAAACAGAGCAAACUAUCAAUGGAGUUUGAUCUUGAGAAUCCAUUGCCACAUUCAAAUGACAUCUUCUCCUCAUUAUUCCUCAUAGAGAUUGAUCACAUGCCUUCCAAGAACUACAUCCAAUCCUUAAUCUCAUCGAGCUCGUAUCUCUCCGUCCGCCUCCAAAUCGCCUCCUCGAUCCUCCAUAUCUCCCGACAUUCCGAUCCCUUCCUCCCCUACCUCGCUGUCAACUACAUGGAUCGCUUCCUCUCCGCCCACCCCAUUCCGGAUAAGAAGCCGUGGAUCUUCAGAUUAGUGGCGGUUUCCUGCAUUUCAUUAGCACUCAAAAUGAGGAAAACAGAGAAAACAGAGUACUCUGUUUUCGAUCUCAUGAAUGAUGGAGGUUUGAUGUUCGAUUCUCUUACGAUCGAGAGAAUGGAGAUGCUGAUCCUCGGGGCUCUGAAAUGGCGGAUGCGUUCCGUCAGUCCCUUUUCGUUUCUCGGUUACUUCGUCUCGUUUUUCGACUCCGGCGACGAGGAAUCGGUUCAGGCUUUGAGAAACAGGGGAACUCAGAUUAUCUUGAAAUCUCAGAGUGAGAUUAAAUUACUCGAGUUCAAGCCGUCGAUCAUCUCCGCCUCGGCCCUUCUCUUGGCAUCUCGCGAGUUUUUCCCGACAAGGUUUGAACCGUCCCGUGACUCCAUCUGCGGCUGCAUUUAUGUGAUUAAGGAGGAAUUGCAGCAUUGUUAUGAUGUGAUGGCGGAGGCGGAGGCCGGGUGCGAGGUGGCCUCAACGUUCGUGUCGGAGUCAUUAACUCCGCCCAAUGUGCUCGACUUCAGCUGCUCGAUCUCGGAGACGGAUAGCAAUCAAAUGAGUGAGGGAGUGAUUGAGAAUUCCGCCACUAAUAAAUCGACUCAGCUUUCUCAAGGGGAAUUCAGUGACUAGUAGAGUACAUUUGAUGAGAAAGGGACAUCAGCUCUGGCCACUAAAAAGUGUGGAAAAAAGGGCAGGGGUAUUUUUGUCUUUUCACAUCCCGGUGCGAAUGGCCGGGUUCCGGCGGUGUCGGUAUGUCUCCGCUGGUUUCUGAUUUGAAUGAUGAAUUUUUUACGUGUUGGAACAAUGUUUUUUUGGUGAAUCGACUGACUUAAUUAGUGCGA